UCCUUCCUCCGUUCACUUCAGUUUCCCACCGAUAAUGUUUCCCGUAACCGCCGCUCUCCUCCGCCACCGUCUCCGGCACUUGCGCCACCACAUUAGGUUUAACUCCACCGCUGUUUCUCCUCCUCACUCUUUCCGUUUGCCGCUCAACCACCCUACCUACUUGGUUUGGUCAGCCAACACUUCUCUCGGCAAAACCCUCGUCUCUACCGGCAUCGCCGCCUCCUUCCUCCUCCAGCCUUCUUCUUCCGCCGCGCAUUUCACAAAACUCCUCUAUUUGAAACCUAUACAGACUGGCUUCCCUUCUGAUUCCGAUUCUCGUUUCGUCUUCUCCAAGCUCAAUUCCCUCUCCCUCCGUCGCCGGAUUCCUCUUUCCAUCUCCAACCAUGUACUCCGUUCUUCAAUCCCAGCUGCAGCAUCUACGGGACGAAUUGUUGAAGCCAGCGAGACUGGGAUGUGCGAUUUGAACUUCUCCGAGGAGAAGACGGUCACCGGCGCGCCGGAACUCUUGUGUAAGACGCUGUAUGCUUGGGAGGCUGCUAUCUCACCGCAUUUAGCGGCGGAGAGGGAAAACGCACCGGUAGAUGACUCCGUCGUGCAAAUGAUGGUGGAGCAAUGUUUGAGGGAAGAGAUGGAGUUUGGUGGGAGUAAACCGGAGGAAACAAAUAUUCUAUGUUUAGUGGAGACUGCCGGUGGAGUUGCUAGUCCUGGGCCGUCGGGAACUCUUCAGUGCGACCUCUACAGGCCUUUUAGAUUGCCCGGAAUUCUCGUCGGAGACGGUCGGCUCGGUGGAAUCUCGGGGACCAUUGCAGCUUACGAGAGUUUGACACUUCGUGGAUAUGACGUUGCUGCUGUUGUUUUUGAAGAUCAUGGCCUUGUUAAUGAAGUUCCACUAACGUCAUAUCUAAGGAACAAAGUACCGGUGCUCGUGCUUCCGCCUGUCCCCAAGGACCCUUCAGAUGAUCUUAUUGAAUGGUUUCUCGAGUCUGAUUGUGUGUUCAAAGCUUUGAAAGAGACAAUGGUAUCAGCUUAUUUGGAGAGAGUAGAAAGAUUAAACUGCAUGGCAAAGCAAGCAGGAGAGGUUUUCUGGUGGCCGUUUACUCAGCAUAAACUUGUGCCUGAAGAAACUGUGACAGUUAUAGACUCCCGAUGUGGUGAAAAUUUUUCAGUAUACAAGGCUUCCGAUAACAAUUCUCUUACCCAGCAAUUUGAUGCUUGUGCAAGCUGGUGGACACAGGGGCCAGAUCCCGCUUUCCAGGCUGAGCUUGCUAGAGAAAUGGGUUACACUGCUGCUAGGUUCGGGCAUGUUAUGUUCCCUGAGAAUGUAUAUGAACCUGCCUUGAAAUGUGCAGAACUCUUAUUAGCUGGAGUGGGAAAAGGCUGGGCUUCCCGAGUAUACUUCUCGGAUAAUGGAUCCACAGCAAUCGAAAUUGCCCUGAAGAUGGCAUUUCGUAAGUUUUGUGUUGAUCAUGAGACCCUAUUGGAUUUUUGUGAGGCUACAGAAGAGAAAAAGGAUAUUGUGUUGAAGGUCCUAGCUCUUCGGGGGUCUUACCAUGGGGAUACUUUAGGAGCCAUGGAAGCACAAGCACCCUCACCUUAUACAGGCUUUCUCCAGCAGCCGUGGUAUACUGGAAGAGGACUAUUUCUGGAUCCUCCUACUGUCUUUCUCUCCAAUGGAGCCUGGAAUCUUUCCCUCCCUGGAAGUUUUUCUCAAAUCGUACCAGAAGAUUAUGGAAAUUUCACCACUCGUGAUGAGAUUUUUGACAAGAGCAGAGACACAUCAAUUCUCGCAACAAUCUAUUCGGCCUAUGUAUCAGAGCAGUUACAAGAGUAUUCAGGAACUACACAAUCUGCCCAUAUUGGAGCACUGAUAAUAGAACCAGUAAUUCAUGGUGCUGGGGGAAUGCACAUGGUUGAUCCGCUUUUCCAACGAGUUCUGGUCAAUGAGUGCCGGAAUAGAAAAAUUCCAGUCAUUUUCGAUGAAGUGUUCACAGGUUUCUGGCGUCUUGGAGUAGAGACUACUGCUGAACUUCUCGGUUGCAAACCGGACAUUGCUUGCUUCGCCAAAUUGUUGACUGGUGGAAUGGUUCCUUUGGCUGUCACUCUCGCCACGGACGCCGUGUUCGAUUCGUUUUCUGCAGAUUCCAAGCUUAAAGCCCUGCUUCAUGGUCACUCAUACUCAGCUCAUGCCAUGGGUUGCGCAACAGCCGUCAAAGCCAUCCAAUGGUUCAAAGAUCCAGAGACUAACUAUAACAUCACUUCACAAGGAGGAAAAUUAAGAGAGCUGUGGGACGAAGAACUGGUGCAACGAAUAUCAUCUCACUCUGCGGUUCAAAGGGUGGUUGUAUUAGGAACACUUUUCGCUCUAGAACUAAAAGUAGAUGCUUCCAAUUCCGGCUAUGCUUCCUUGUAUGCAAAGUCUCUUCUAAAAAUGCUCCGAGAAGACGGAAUCUUCAUGCGCCCUCUCGGAAACGUCGUAUACCUCAUGUGUGGCCCUUGCACGUCGCCGGAAAUCUGCCGCCGGUUGCUAGCUAAGCUCUACAAAAGACUCGGAGAAUUCAAUAAAGCAUGAAUCUAAAACUCUCUCCAUACUAUUUCUUGUAUUUAGCACUUUAUUUUUGUUUGCAAAUUGAUGACUUUUGGAGUCGGAAGUUUUUUUACCAAUGCUAAAGAUUCUUCGUUCAUCACGAGAUCUUAUCGUUUCUGGAAAUUAAAUAAAGAAAGAAACUAG